AUGCACACCAAUGCAGGAGCGAAACAGGCGCUCGCGAGGCUAGGCAGCCUGGCAGCUUACACAAGACUCGCUGCAAGCACUUGCGGGCUCCUGCGAGCUCCUGCAAGCACCAUCGCUGGAGCCCUCACGCAACUAGAUUGGCUUUUUCUCAAAUUACCCUCGAGGCCGAUUCAUGGACGCCAUUCCACCACUGCGAGACUCGCCAUCCAAGACGUUCACCGCUCUUCUCGCCCAUCUGUGACAGCUUCCGUGGCAUCGCCUACCCCCAGGGGCCGCCGCCCGGUGGGGUCCUGUGUAAAGACUAGUCUUUUUCCUCCAUCCCGGGAUCCGAGGGAUCGACUUUCCUGACAGAGAAAGUCCAUGUCACCUCAUGUUCGGCUUAGCAAGCCAAUAGUGUGGCCCAAGGUGUGGCUGGUGUGUGCGUGCGGCGCUCCUCCGCCCGUGUCCAAUGCGCUGCCACGCCUGCCAGCACCCAUCACAAGGAAUGCAGGUACGGCGCCAGCACGACGACUUGCGGGCCUGCGGGCCUGCAAGGGGUCCUCGUGCCCCCCCCCCUAUUUUGCCAUAGUACCGCGGACUUUGGUAGUGUUUCCUGGCAUCGAGGGCCCGGAACCCGCACGUCGAAACAGGCCGAUGCACAUGUGUGUGUAAUGUGGCUGCAUGCACCGCAGUAAAGUAGCCUCAUACAUGUCCGCCAACAUUUGCGCAAGCCCAUGGUUUGCCACCGCCGAGUCAUGCCAGCCACGACAAGGCACGACUUACAACCGAGGCACAACACCUCCGGAGCCUGAAAACCG